UGCCCAGCCUGCUGCUGAGCGCGGUACCCAAGGUUCUCCCACUUCCGCCCGGCCCUCCUCGCCGCCCCUAGUCCGGCCCGAGCGGAAGUGCGCUGGCCGCCCGGAUCCCCCACGGCCGCGAAGCGGAAGCGCUCCCGGACAGCCACCCCCACUACACCGUGGCGCGCGGCGCCUCGGGUUCCGGACAGGUCCCGAGUGACGUGGCCGCGCGCUGGGGGCGGCUCCGGGCCGGGGGCCGGGCUGCGGGGCCGGGCGGGGCAGGUCCGGGGCGGGGCGCCGCGCCGCAGCUGGAUGGCCGGGGCCGCCCGGAGCGCUGCCGCCGCCGCCGCUGCACGCACCUGGCAUGCCUGGAUGUCCCUGCUCUGGCUGCGGCAUGGCGGGCCAAAGGCUCCUCUUCUUCGCUGCUGUUGCCCUGCAGCUCCUGGGAGGGGCUGGGGGUUCCCAGCAGGCCCCCCGGAACCGGGGGGCUGCAGCAGCCUGUCGCCUCGAUACCAAGGAAAGUGAGUCCUGGGGAGCCCUGCUGAGCGGGGAGAGGCUGGACACCUGGAUCUGCUCCCUCCUGGGCUCCCUCCUGGUGGGACUCAGCGGGGUCUUCCCACUGCUGGUCAUUCCCCUGGAGAUGGGGGCCUCACUGCGCUCAGAAGCUGGGGCCCGGCGCCUGAAGCAGCUGCUCAGCUUUGCCCUGGGGGGCCUCUUGGGCAAUGUGUUUCUCCACCUGCUGCCUGAGGCCUGGGCCUACACAUGCAGCUCCAGCCUUGGUGGCGAGAGGCAGAGUCUGCAGCAGCAGCAACAGCUGGGGCUGUGGGUCAUUGCUGGCUUCCUGACCUUCCUGGCUUUGGAAAAGGUGUUCCUGGACAGAAAGGAGCAGGAGGAGCCCAACCAGGCCCCCCGCAAAGACCCCGCUGCUGCUGCCGCGCUCAGUGGAGGCCGCUAUGUGGCCCCGCCGGCUGCAGAGCCCGGGCUGAGCGCCGUGGUCCAGAGCGUCAAAGUCAGUGGCUAUCUCAACCUGCUGGCCAACACCAUCGACAACUUCACUCAUGGGCUGGCUGUGGCUGCCAGCUUCCUGGUGAGCAAGAAGAUCGGGCUCCUGACCACCAUGGCCAUCCUCCUGCAUGAGAUCCCCCAUGAGGUGGGCGACUUUGCCAUCCUGCUCCGGGCUGGCUUUGACCGAUGGAGCGCAGCCAAGCUACAGCUCUCCACGGCACUGGGGGGCCUGCUGGGCGCCUGCUUCGCCAUCUGUACACAGUCCCCCAAGGGAAGGAGACUGUGGCCUGGAUCCUGCCUUUCACCUCUGGCGGCUUUCUCUACAUCGCCCUGGUGAACGUGCUGCCCGACAUCUUGGAGGAAGAUGACCCGUGGCACUCCCUGCAGCAAGUGCUUCUGCUCUGCACGGGGAUCGUGGUGAUGGUGCUGUUCUCGCUCUUGGUGGAGUAACCGUCCCUGACGCCCGCUCCCCCCACAGCAAUAAGAGACUCGGAUUUACUCUGUGAUCGUGUGUGAAGGCAGAGAGGGCGAGUGCCUGAGAGCCAGCGAGCCUCCUACCAGACAAGAGGAUGGCACGCACGCGUGUGUGUGUGUGUGUGUGUGUGUGUGUGUGUGUGUGUGGUGUGCACGUGUGGACAGAGGUGAGACCGACACUGUGAUCCCUCAUGCCCAGGGCCCAAUGCCCGCGCCUGCCCCAGCCACACUGUGGUCCUCUCUCCUUGCCACCCUGUCAUCUUGCACCUCCCAGAGAGAGCAGCGAGGAAGCCAGCGUUGGUCCCAAGCAGAGGCCUCUCCCCACCACGACCCCCAGGGGAGUGAAGGGCAGCCCCAGCAGCCCGUGGCUGCAAGGAACCCCAAAGCUGUCUCCCAGUAGGGCCUCAUAGGUCCCUGGCUGAGGGAGUAAACCCCUCUGCUCAUGCACCCAGCCCUGGGCAGCCUAGGGGCCGAGGCUGGGGUGAACUCUGCUGCAUCCACGGCCGUGGCCCUUCCUUCGCCAUCUCUAAAGCCAAAGAAAGGAGAGGCAGGUGCUCUCGCAGCCCCCAGCCCCACUCAGCACUGACCGUCCUACCCUCCCAGCAUGAAGCCGAGAGAUGCUUUCUCAGACCUGGGCCAGCUCCCGUCCCCCAGCGAAUGCUCCGUGGCAGCACCAGCAGCUCUUGCCACCUCCAGCUGCCAAACAGCAGCCUGCAGAGCAGCCAGCAGCCGGGGCCAGGGAGACCUCCCGGUCCGCUCAGGGCUGCUUGCGCCAGCACAGGGGCCAGGCAGAUAUCCUAGAGGCAGGAAGUGAGUGGUUCGUGGUUGCCCUUCCCUGCUGGGGCCCCUUUUAGGUGGGGGUGGUGAGGGCUCCAUGUGGUCAGCACUCAGGAAUGUGCUCUGGGAGAAUGCUGAAGCCAUAAUCCCCAGCUAUUUCCCUUGGCUGACGCCCAGGUACUCAGCUGGCCCACUCCACAGCCAGGCCCAGCCCUGCUGCUCGACCUCGGACAUUCUCAGAAGUGGCCAAAGGGUCUGAAUGGUUUCACAGCCGUUUUGCUGAUUCCAUUUGUAUCUGUAAAUACCUGUUCUAUAUAUAAGAUGCAAAUAAAUAUUAUACACAAA